AUGAAGCCACCUAAAAUGCGGCUGUACUCCCGUGCUGAGCUGCUGGAGCUGCUCGAAAAGGACGUUUCCAAUAUCUCUGAUGAGAAACACAAACAAGUGGAGCAACAGCAGCAUCUGGAUGCGCGUAGUUCAGAGCCAAAUGAACAGGUGGACCCCCCUGUUGAUCUGCAGGACUACGCAGCAGUUUGCAGCGAAGCACACAAUGAAAACCGAAGCGCAGAUGUGCCCACGACGUCUGCUGGCAGCAGAAAGCCCCCAGGGUCCGACUCAACAGCUGUUUCUGCGUUUUCUUACGUUGCUUCCGAGCCCCGAAGGGAGCUGCAGUGGUGCCCUGCUGCUUUGGCUGCAACGCGUGAAGGUUGUAGAUCAGCAAUGGAGCGGUAUUUCCCGCAGCUUGUGAUUUGCUGCUGGAUGCCCUUCAAUGUAGACUGGACGGAGAAGGCUCGUUCGAGUUGUUGCGCCUGUUGUCGAUGCAUGCACCGAGAAAGCAGCCCCUCCGCUGGACUGCGCCAGUCCCAUCACUCCCACUGCCAAGUGCACGAGUACAUUUUGAUCGGCCACGCGGAAGGCGGACUCGUGGGACGCCCGUUUGAGACGUGGGGAAUGCGGUGCUCAGAGGCGGGUUUGCUGCCUCUCGGAGUUGACUAUGAAGUGCCGCAGGCGGUGUCACGGGCGCUGCAGCUCAGUGCGCCCUGCGUUUCCUCUGACGAAGAAAGCAACGAUCAUGACUUUGACAAAGAGCCACUCAAAUCUCCAACAAUUGAGAAGCAAGCAGGGCGCAAGAGGCGCAGGGGAAGUGCAGAGGACCACAGAGGAACGAAUGGUAGACAGUGGCAAUCGGCGAACAAUUUCCACUCCAUACCACCAGAUGUCCCGGCAGCAGGCGAAGUGGACGAUCACACAACACUAGGCAACGAUGUAGAAAGCACAGACAGUGUUGCCUCUACACAACAUGAACUUGAUGGCGAAUUCGGGGGAGUGGGAAUGAGGCAGCAACUGUUGCCUCUGCGGGACCGGCCCUAUUACAGGGAGGGCUUUACCCGUCUCCCGCCGCUGCCCAAGGAUGCAGAAGCAGCUAUGAGUGAAGAAACAACAGAAAGCGGCGUGCUGCUAAGGGAGUUGCAGCAGGCACUGCCUCUCAGUCGCUUUGAUUCUCCCCAUAGCCUGAGGGCCAACUUGUGCGGAACUGAGGAGGCCAGCACACUUUCUAUGCCGUUUCUUCCUCGUUUUCUCUACCAGAAAUUGCAAAAUAUGCACGUCCGGUUACCCUGUUAG